AUGGCUAAAACACCCAAAGCUUAUAACCAAGAAAUAGACCUUGAUAAUUUAGACCUCGACCGCUCCUAUAUUCUUGAAGAGUUCGAGUAUAUCAACAGCCGGCUGAAAAACUAUACUUUGGAAAUUGAUGGAAAACCUGUAAACCUUUUUGAGCUUGACAAAAACGGAAAACUAGUACCCAUGGCACAAACACCGUUUCGUAGAGAACAGGUGGUUGCAAAAAUUGCCAGUCAACUUCGUAAUUGGAACAUACAAACUCAGCAAGGUGGUGGUGUCACUACAUCGCAGGGUGGAUUUGAUUUUGUUAUCGAUCAUGAAACAGCGAUUAGGGCAUCAGAUGCUUGGACCUUCCAGGGUGCUCCCUUCACCCCUACAUUUCUUGUUGAGGUUGCUGAUAUCGAGAAGGACACAGAUAAUUCAAAAUUCAAGGAAGCAGACGAGAGAUUUAAAAAUGAACUCAUAAUACGAAGCACAGUGGAGGGUAGGAGACGUAGUAAUCCUGGAUGGAGAGAUAUUAGCGGUAAAGAUGUUUUGCCAGGUUUUGUGUUGGAUAUGUCUUUAAUUAAUAGAAUUAUUGAUCCG